AUGGCUCUUAUCAACGUUCGUCGCGAUGUUAGCGACGUUUUCUAUCGCUAUAAGAUGGAGAGGCUCCAUACCAAGAUUGAAGGCAAAGGCAACGGCAUCAAGACCGUCAUUGUCAACCUGAGCAGCGUCGCCCAACCAACAUUGACCCCCGAUGAUCGCUGGAUCAUUAAUGGCGCCCAUGAGGCUGGCAAGUUACAGGAUCACCUUGAUGGCUUCAUCUCCAAGUUUGUUCUUUGCAAGAAGUGCAAGAACCCCGAGACCGAUGUCGUAAUCAAGGACGACCGUAUCCUUCUUGACUGCAAGGCUUGUGGUCAGAGGAGCGAUGUCGAUAUCAGAUUGAAGCUCAGCGGUUUCAUCUUGAAGAACCAGCCGAAGAAGGGCAAGAAGGACAAGGCUGAGCGCAAGGCCGCUCGAAAGGCUAAGCAGCAGCAGCAGAACGGUAAUGGUACCGAGAACGGCCACGGCAGUGGCGGUGAGGAUGCCUCAGACGGCUCCGGAAGCGGAGGCAAAGGCGCUCCCGCUGUCGACGCUGGCAGCGACGACGAGUUCGAAAAGGUAAAGGCGUCGGCCUAUGAAGCGGCCGAAGAAGCCGAAUCCAAGGAGGACGAGUGGGCUGUCGACAUGAGUGCGGCCGCUGUCAAGGCCCGCCAGGCUUCACUUCCCGAAGAGUUCAAGCAGAAGCUUUCCUUUGGCGGUGACGAGGACGAGGAUGGAGAGGGCGGUGUUGAGACACCUUAUGAUGUUCUCGGAAAUUGGAUUCAGGAACAGGUUGCCAAGAAGGGAAGCGCUGAUGCUGUUGACGAUGUCGAGAUCUACGUCAAGGCCAAGGAACUUGGCAUUGAGGGCAAGCACCGCACUCUCCUGGUUCUCGUCCAGACCAUUUUUGAUGCGGACAAGAUCUGCGCUCAAAUCCCCAAGCGCGCCGGUAUGCUCAAGAAGCUCAUCACCUCGGACAAGCAUGAGCGCUCUCUCCUCGGCGGUACCGAGCGCUUCAUUGGCCUCAGCAGCAAGGACAAGCCUGAGCUCCUUCAGCAAGUUGUCAAGAUUUUGCAACUGUAUUACCACCACGACCUCGUCAGCGAGGAGGUCAUCAAGAAAUGGGGUACCAAGGCCAGCAAGAAGUAUGUUGACCUUUCCACCUCGAAGAAGGUCCGAAAGGCCGCCGAGCCUUUCCUCGUUUGGCUUGAAGAGGCCGAAGAGGAGGAUUCCGACGAUGAAUCCGAGUAG